AUGGCCACCGCGCGCACCCGCCCCUCUAUUCUAAUGAGAGCGGAAACGCGCGUCAUUUUGGACCAAUCUGUGCGCGCGCUGAGGACCAAAGGAGGAUCCAGGACUGAGACCAGAGCAGGAUCCAGGACUGAGACCAGAGCAGACCUCCAGCCACAGAGGCCGCGCAGAUGCGCUGCUAAGCCGGACAUGGAGCCCUUGUUCCCGGGUGCGUCUCAGCGGCUCUCGGUUUUGAAGAAGGACAUUCCUGGAGGUUUGGACCCGGAGCAGACGCAGCUGAAGGCGGGCUCUGAGUCCUCAGAGCUCGGCCUCAUGAAGCUCAGCUCCCCGGACAUAGAGCGGCUGCUGGUGCAGACGCAGCCGCCCUUCCUGGGCCCAAAGCCCGCGGAGGCGGAGCAGGAGUUCGCGGAGGGGUUCGUCAAAGCUCUGGAGGAUCUGCACAAACAGAACCAGCUGGAGGCCGUGCACGCGGAGCGGCUGGAGCUCAUGCACGCGGAUCUGCCCGUGUACACGACUCUCAAUGGAUACGGACACGCGCUCAGCUACACGGAGCACGCGCACUUUACCCCGCACGUGCACGCGCCUCCCAGCGCGCGCCUGAAGGACGAGCCGCAGACCGUACCUGACGCGCAGAGCUUCGGGGACAGUCCUCCUCUGUCUCCCAUCGACAUGGACAACCAGGAGCGCAUCAAGGCCGAGCGCAAGAAGCUGCGCAACCGCAUCGCGGCCUCCAAGUGCCGCAAGCGCAAACUGGAGCGCAUCUCGCGGCUCGAGGACAAAGUGAAGGCGCUAAAAACACAGAACACUGAACUGGCGUCUACGGCCAGCGUCCUGCGGGAGCAGGUGGCACAGCUCAAGCAGAAGGUCAUGAGUCACGUGAGCAGCGGCUGCCAGCUGCUGCCCAAUCAGGUGCAGGCUUAUUAG